AUGCUGCUCCGCUCUCAUUUCAUCCGGAAAUUCUGCGCGGAACCCGCCGCGGCUGCUCGCCUAAAACUCGACGGAUGGGCGGAAAGUGUGCGGAAAAGCGGAAAGCUGGUUUUUGUCACAAUUGGCGAUGGGAAACAGAUUGUGGUGGAUAAGGAGUUGGCGAAGGGAGGUGAGCGAAUUUUCUUUUUCAAAAGUGUGUAAACUGCGGAGCAUUACUAAAACUUCAUUAUUCGUAACAUCUAAACAAAAAACAAUAUUGACCUUGAGGACAUUGUUUGGAUGUUAUACAUCGUCGUUCCUCCUGUGCCAUUGAAGUUCCGACCAAAACAGCUAGACUCAAUAGGAUUUGUAGAGCUGAGGUGAAAAACAUCGCGAUUUUCUGCAGAAUUCGAAUUGGGGGCCUGUUUUUAUGCGGGAAAAAUUGAUGAAAAUUGAUUCGAUUUUUGACACCUCAUAGAUGUUUGAACCCGGAACUUCAAGCGAAGUGGAUUACUAUGAUGAUCUAGAGAACCUGUAGUACUGAAAAACUACGAUACUCCGCGUUUACACCAUCAAAAUUGACCCAUUUUCCAUCAAUUUUGAAGGUGUAAAUGCGGAGUAUCGUUUGACAAAUGUGAACAAAAAUGCCUGAACCUAAAAAUUUCGGCAAUUUUCAUGAAAAUCUUCGAUUUUCUAAAAAAAAAAUGCUGAAAUUUUUGGGUUCUCGCGCAGGGGAACCUAUCGUCAAUUUUUUUUUGAUGAAAAAAUAUCUACGAUACUCCGCGUUUACACCAUCAAAAUUGACCCAUUUUCCAUCAAUUUUGAAGGUGUAAAUGCGGAGUAUCGUUUGAAAAUGUUUAAUAAUUUGAUGCCUGAACCUCAAAAUUUCAACAAUUUUCAUGAAAAAUCUGAAAAUUGCUGAAAUUUUUGGGUUCUCGCGCAGGGGAACCUAUCGCCAAUUUUUUUUUUGGAUGAACAAACUACGAUACUCCGCAUUUACACCUUCACAUCACAGUAAGCCAGGUUAACCCAAAAGUUUCCAGUUCAGGUUGGCAGUCCGAUCUCAGCCAUCGGACGAUGGCAAAAAAGUCAGGGAGAUCAGCAGGAAAUGGAACUUGUUGCUGACGCAUUCGAAAUCCUCGGUCACGACUCGAAUCCCCGCUAUUCCGCCGAUGUUUCCGCAGACAACGCGCGGAAAAAGACGCAUCUCCGCGCGCGGCACCCGGAAUUCGCCGCCAUUCUUCGCUCACGAUCCUUGAUAGCUCGUGCCACACGAGACUUCUUCGAGCGACUCGAUUUCGUCAACAUUGACGCGCCGAAAUUGACGCGGAACGAUGCGGAAGGUGGCGGAGAGUGUUUUGAGAUCAAAGGUGCAUCGACCUUCUUGACUGUCAGCUCACAAUUGCAUUUGGAGGCGAUGGCGGCGAAAUUGGAGCGGGUUUAUACGUUGGGCACCGCUUUCCGCGCGGAAAAACAACAGAGUCAUGCACAUUUAAGCGAAUUUUAUAUGUUGGAGGCGGAAAUUGCGUUUGUUCAGGUAAAAAACUACGAUACUCCGCGUUUACACCAUCGAAAUUGACCCAUUUUUCAUCAAUUUUGAAGGUGUAAAUGCGGAGUAUCGUAGAGGGAACAUCAAAACUUAUGAAAAUCACGUGUAAAAGUGGAGUAUCGUUUGAAAACCUCGAGAACCCUUCAAAAUUGCGUAUUUUUGAUGGCGUAAACGCGGAGCAUUGUUUGCAAUCAACAUUUAUUUUUCUGCAGAAUUUGGUGUUUGUACCAGGAAUCAAAAAAUCUCGAUUUUGCAGAAAAUUUGCAAAAAUUCCGUCCAAAUCGAAUCAAUUUUCAUCAAUUUUUUCCCCGCAUAAAAACAGACCCCCAAUUCCGAUUCUACAGAAAAUUCUGAUGUUCUCCUCAGCCCUUCUUCAAAUCCUAUUGAUUCUCGCCGUUUUCGUCGGAACUUCCGAGGCAUGGUGUUGGUGGAAGUUCAAUUGUGCGUGGAAUGAAGUUUGCUGGGUCAACUUCGAAUGCCGACGAUUUAUCUAAUUUCUUUUCGAAUAAAUGUUGAUUGCAAACGAUGCUCCGCGUUUACGCCAGAAAAUAUCAUGUUUUUUGUGGUUUUUCGAAGAAUCCAAAAGAUCUACGAUACUCCGCAUUUACACCAUCAAAAUUGACCCAUUUUCCAUCAAUUUUGAAGGUGUGAAUGCGGAGUAUCGUUUGAAAAACGUCAAUUUGAUGCCUGAACCUUCAAAUUUCAGCAAUUUUCAUGAAAAAUCUUGGAUUUUCUAAAAAAUGCUGAAAUUUUUGGGUUCUCGCGCAGGGGAACCUAUCGCCAAUUUUUUAAAUGAAAAAACUACGAUACUCCGCAUUUACACCAUCAAAAUUGCCCAUUUUUCAUCAAUUUUGAAGGUGUAAACGCGGAGUAUCGUUUGAAAAAUGUGAACAAAAAUGCCUGAACCUCAAAAUUUCAGCAAUUUUCAUGAAAAUCUUGGAUUUUCUAAAAAAUGCUGAAAUUUUUGGGUUCUCGCGCAGGGGAACCUAUCGCCAAUUUUUUUUUGCUGAAAAAAAAGAACUACGAUACUCCGCGUUUACACCAUCAAAAUUGACCAAUUUUCCAUCAAUUUUGAAGGUGUAAAUGCGGAGUAUCGUUUGAAAAAUGUGAAAAAGAAUGCCUGAACCUCAAAAUUUCAACAAUUUUCAUGAAAAUCUUGGAUUUUCUGAAAAAUGUUGAAAUUUUUGGGUUCUCGCGCAGGGGAACCUAUCGCCAAUUUUUUUUUUUCGCUGAAAAAAAACUACGAUGCUCCGCGUUUACACCAUCAAAAUUGACCAAUUUUCCAUCAAUUUUGAAGGUGUAAAUGCGGAGUAUCGUUUGAAAAAUGUGAAAAAGAAUGCCUGAACCUCAAAAUUUCAGCAAUUUUCAUGAAAAUCUUGGAUUUUCUAAAAAAUGCUGAAAUUUUUGGGUUCUCGCGCAGGGGAACCUAUCGCCAAUUUUUUUUUCGCUGAAAAAAAACUACGAUGCUCCGCGUUUACACCAUCAAAAUUGACCCAUUUUCCAUCAAUUUUGACGGUGUAAACGCGGAGUAUCGUUUGAAAAAUGUGAACAAAAAUGCCUGAACCUCAAAAUUUCAGCAAUUUUCAUGAAAAUCUUGGAACCUAUCGCCAAUUUUUUUUGCUAAAAAAAAACUACGAUGCUCCGCGUUUACACCAUCAAAUUUGACGGUGUAAACGCGGAGCAUCGUAGUAAAUCCCAUCUUUCAGUCAAUCGACGAGAUGUGUGAUCUAAUCCAAGCCUACAUUCAAACCCUAAUCCAUCUCAUCGAAGAUAGCCCAAUUCUAAAAUCGCAAAUCGCCAAAAUCGGACACUUUCGCAAUCCGGAAGAUCGUCCGAACCUCGAAAAACUUCUCGACGCCACGUGGCCACGAAUCAGAUAUGAAGAAGCUCUCGAAAUUCUGAAAAUCCCGGCUGGAAGUUCGGAAGGCGGAGGAUUUUUCGAAGCAAAAUGA